ACAUCAAUACUCACUCAAAGUCAAGACUAGUCAAUCAACAGGUUGUUUCAGUUUAAUCUCAAAUAAAUCAAGUUCUGAAUCUGAAACCUGUCUUUAUUAGUUAGUUCCUUCAUCUUCCUUUUUUUACUUUCUCAUCACAUUGAAAAUGAAGUUGACUUCAACUUCAGUUGGAUCAUUUAGCUUCACUUUUAGCUAUGCGCUGCUGCUGCUGCUCACUAUAAUUAGUUACGUUUCAGCUUCCUCAGUCAAAUGUUCAAGCUCAGAUAUUGUUGCAGGGUGUUCCAAUCUGGAUUUCAGCUACAACUCUAAGAAUACCAACAAGCCAACUGCAAAUAUAGCUGUUACUGGUGUGACUUGGCUAGGUGGUAAUAGCUAUCAAGUUACAAUUCAUUUCAAAUCUUCAGCUACAAUGUCAUUAUCAUCACUAUCGGAAUUGAAGGUAAUUGGUAUCGAUCAAACUUAUGUGCUUUAUAGCAACAACAUGAAAAUUUCAAGAAUAACAAAUCCAGGCGAAUGGGAUGCUACCUUCACUGUUACAGCUUCAAAUUCGAAUGGUCGUGCUUGGAUGCCAACCGGUUAUCAAGUUCAAUUUGAUUGGUGUUCUGCAGGUGUUACAUCACAAUCUGAAUGUAACAGAUGGAAAUAUGCCAAAUCCUACGAUUACAAUACUGGGUGUAACAAUUACAAUAAUUAUGGCCAAAGUCAAACAGAUAGUUCUGGUUACUAUUGGCCAAUAAAUUGUGGAUCUGGAAAUAACCAAGAUACAACUUCCACAACAUCAAAAACAACAUCAACCACAUCACCUUCCACAACUUUGAAAACGACCAGUGAAAAAACAACAUCAAAACCUCAAAACGGUGAUUAUGCUACGCCAUAUGCGCAAUGUGGUGGUAAUGGUUUUGCAGGCGCUUCUAUUUGUACUGAUGGUUACUAUUGUUCAUCAAUGAACGAUUACUAUUAUCAAUGUGUUCCAGGAACAGCCACAACGUCGGCUUCAAAGCCAACUACUGCUGCCACUUCAACUACAAGCACACAAAAGACAACUUCAAGUACAUCAACAAGCACAUCGAAAUCAAAUCAAAAUUGUGUUUCGGCUUAUGGUCAAUGUGGUGGUGCAAAUUACGGUUCUCCAAGCUGUUGUACCGAUGGAUAUUACUGCUCAUCUAUGAAUGAUUAUUAUUAUCAGUGUGUUCCAGGUACUGCUACUUCAACCUCAACCUCAACCUCAACCACAACCUCAGCAAAACAACCAACAACCACUUCAACAAGCUCAACUUCCACCUCUUCAACAACCACAUCAAAACCAACUACAGCUUCAGCAACUCAGUGUGUCUCAGAUUAUGGGCAAUGUGGUGGUGUCAACUAUGUUGGACCAAACUGUUGUG